GUUUAACACUUUAAAAGCAGCCCUGGAGACAGGAUCCAACAUGGACUUGUCUUUAGUUUCCUCUUGAAGUCAAUUUAAAGCCAACUGUCUUGUCAAGAUGACCCUGACCGAGAGUGAGAAGGCUGCAGUUAUUGCUCUGUUUGAAAAAAUUUCAUCCAGUUAUAGUUCAAUUGGAGCUGAGGCUUUGGAGAGACUUUUCCUGUCCUAUCCCCAGACCAAGACUUACUUCAGCCACUUUGAUCUGUCUCAUGGCUCUUCUGAUCUUACCACCCACGGAGGAAAGGUUAUGACUGCUCUUGGAAAAGCUGCCAAGAAAAUCGAUGACCUGGAUGCUGCUCUCUCCGCACUCAGUGACCUGCAUGCUUUCAACCUAAGAGUGGACCCUGGAAACUUCAAAUUGCUGUCUCACACCAUCCAGGAGACUCUGGCCAUCCACUACUCAUCGGAUUUUGGUGCUUCCACACAGACAGCUUUUGACAAAUUUCUAACAGAAAUUACAGCCGUCCUCACCUCUAAGUACAGAUAAAGAAAGAAGACAUCAGCAAGGGCAGCUCACCAGCCUGGGGAAGAUCUAUGGAAACCAUUUUUUGUCAUGUUUAGACCAUUAUAGAACUGUAACAAACAUCAACUGAGGUUAGACAGUGUUAACAUUUGACAUGGUUUAGAGCCAGACGCUGGUUAAUAUUGUUGUUCCACUUGUGUUGACUUGUCCAUCAAAAAUCAUGACUGGUGAGAUGCUCUUCAUUAAAUAAAAACAAAGCAGUAAACAACUA